CUGAUCAAAAUUAGAUUUUUUUAUAAAUUUUUAUAAUUUCUGCAUUUACAGGGUUACAUCGAUAUUGAUGUACCACUACCUCCUAAGAUUCCCAAACCUAUGGAUUAUAUUGAUAAACUAACCAGAUCAUCAGGUUUUAAAAACCCGUCUUGUGUUAAUAAUCUAAAAUCAGUCCUGGGACUAUCGACUGCUUCUCCUCAAUCCUUCAGUUUUCUAAGACCGAUCUCCAUGACUGAAAUUAAAGAUGGUGAAUAUUAUGACUCUUUAAGGAAAUCACAAAGAUCUAAAUGGUCUAUGGAUACUGUUGCCAGUGGUGUUGAAUGCUUUAAGAAGCAUCAAUAUGAAGAUGCCUUGAAACAUUUCAAUUAUGCUCUUGAAAUUGACACAGAGAAUGUUGAAGCAAUGGUGGCUAGAGGAGCACUUUAUGCCAACAAAGGAAAGUAUGAAAAAGCCAUCAAAGACUUCGAAAGUGCUCUCACCAUAAACCACACCCACUCCAACGCAAAGAAGUACUUGGUUGAGACUCAGACAGCUUAUGGGCGAGAGCUAGAAAGACAAGGUGAGUUCAAGGUUGCUCUACGUUGCUAUCGUGAAGCUUUGGCUGACAACCCUGAGUCAGAACCAGCCAAGACUAGAGCAGCACUGCUAACAGCAGCACUGGAAAAGAAGGCUGCUGAGAUGAGAGAGAAAGAGAGAAAGAGGAGAGAAGAGGAACAACGGCUGAAGAAGCUACAGAAGAUAAUAGAGAAGGACCGACGCCAUAAGAAGCACAAGAAAAAGAGCAAGAAGAGAUCAAGUGAUAGGAAGAGACAUCAUUAUUCUUCAGAUUCAUCACAUGACUCACCUCCACACAAACACUGACUCUGCACUAACUAUACUUAUAAUGCACACAUACAGUUACUCACUGUGAAACUGUCAUUCAUUUUUUAUGUGAAUUUUAAAAAAUUUAA